AUGAAGCAAACAAAUCCUAUUAAACUACCACAUAUUCCCGCAUCAAAGCGCGGUCGACAAACAAAUCAAUUACAAUUUAUGUCAAAAAUAUUAUUCAAAACCUUAUGGAGACAUGAAUUUUCUUGGCCAUUUCAAAAACCUGUUAAUGCAGCUAAACUUCAUUUACCGGAUUAUCACAAAAUUGUCAAAUAUCCAAUGGAUUUGGGUACAAUCAAACGUCGUUUAGAAUCGAAUUAUUACUACAGUGCCAAAGAAUGUAUUACAGACUUGAAUAUGAUGUUUACAGAUUGUUAUUUAUACAAUAAAUCGGGAGAGGAUGUUGUCAUCAUGGGUGCAACUUUAGAAAAGGUAUUUCAUGAAAAGCUAUCCGAAAUGCCUGAAGUGGAAAUUGAAAUUCAACCUCAUUUAUCAAAAUCAAGUGGAAAGACGGCACCAGCUCAUUUAACAACAUCAGUUAUUUCUCCAUCAACACCCAGUGAACACAUGACAUCACCAGUUCAUUCUCCGUCAACUCCGUCAAUGAUAACGCGAGCAAAUUCUCAUUCAAAUGCCACUGGGCUAUCCGAUCGUCAUCGUUCAUCUUCUGCUACCAAUAACAGUGCAAUUCUAUCUCCAUUGUCUCCAACAUCUUUGAACAAUAUCGAUCAUCAUAGUUAUCAAUCACAACCGCCCUUAUCUCCCUCAUCGUCCACCAAAUUUUCUCUGCCACCUGUUUCCUUAUCUCAGUCUUUGCCAAACACAACGACAACAACUAUACGUAAUAAUACGAAUAAUACCUUAACAAUUUCAAAGACAGAUCAUCAUCCACAAUUGAAUAUAUCCUUAGGAACUACAGGUAUAGCAAAUAAGAGUGAACCAUUAACACCAGUAUCACCAUCUCAAACGCCAUAUCCUCCGUCGUCGGUGUUAAAACCUUCUAAUUCAAAACAAAAGCAAACGGUAGCUGGUGGUAAAGGGAUUAAACGAAAAGUAACAGAUACGUCCUUGACAUCAUUUGCGACGAAUGACAACAGUGUGACUGAUACUCAAUUAAAAAUAUCAGAUCAACGAGAAAAUCAAACUCGACGGGGACAAGAUUUAACAAAUAAUAGUAGACAUAAACGAGUCAAAUAUGCAGAUGAUUUAAAAACAGAUGGAAAUGAGGCGAGUAAAUAG